UGCGGAACCAAGCUAGCAACACAAACACAUCCAAGAUGGAGACCGCAAACGCUGGACAUAUGAUGAGCUUAGCGGCUCUACAGAGACAAGACCCCUACAUUAACAAAUUACUCGACGUUACCGGCCAGGUGGCCCUCUACAAUUUCAACUCCAAAGCAAACGAAUGGGAGAAGACUGAAGUUGAGGGCACCCUGUUUGUCUAUACAAGGUCCGCUUCCCCUUACCAUGGCUUCACUAUCAUGAACCGCCUGAGCACAGAGAACCUGGUGGAGCCCAUCAACAAAGACUUGGAGUUCCAGCUACAGGACCCGUUCCUACUCUACAAGAAUGGCAACAUGGGCAUCUACAGUAUUUGGUUCUACGACAAGAGGGACUGCCAUCGCAUCGCUCAGCUGAUGGUCCAGAUUGUAAAGCUUGAAGCCGACCACGCACAAAGACAAUCCCCGGAGAAGGCGGAGCCCAGGCGGGCCAACGGCGUGGCAGAACAGCGGCCGACGGACAUACUGGAGCUGCUUAGCAAAGCAAAGGAGGAAUACCAGAGGGCGCAGUCAGGUGACGCUGACACGUCCACAGAGCCGAACCCGACAGCAGCUUUAGACCACACCCACAUCUCCCAGGAGUCUGAUAAGACUCACACAAUAGUGAAGCAGAUCACAAUUGAGGAGCUUUUCGGCUCAUCCAUCCCCAAGGACCCUUCUCUGCCUGCCAUGCCGACACAAAAUCCCACCCCUGCUUCCGGCGACCCCUCGGCUACAUACCCACAGAACCAGACCUACCCCCCUCCACCCCACCAGAACCCUCUUCGUCCUCCCUGCGUCACCGCCCAGGAUCCUGGGUCAAAGCAGGUCCACCAAGGCCACGGCCUGCUCCCAACCCCUUAUGCAAUACACACUAAACCUGUUUUCCAACCGGUGGUCCCCAGACCAGACCCCCAGCCUCUGUGCCCCGUCUCGCCUCUCAUGAUGCCUCCAGGCGGCCAGGAGGCCCGAACUGCUCCAGCUGGGCCCACAGCUCCUCGGGCUUAUAUGGAACAAGAGAUACUCAACUCGCUCAAACCGUCGGUCCAGUCAAUCAAUGCGGAAAUCCACAAGCCUGUCCUGGCGCCCAAUUUCCUGCCAAGCACCCUGGUGCCGCCCCACAGCUUCCAAGAACCCGUGCCAGUCCUCCGGCUCACACAGGACAGGGACAGUUUGUCCAAGGCCCCGAACCUGAUCAAAUCUAUUUCAGCUGUCCCGAUGAGCCCCGGUCUCGCCAUUCCAAGGCCGGACUCCUCGGUGCUCCUGUCCCCUAGCGCCUUCCAGCAGUCCCUCGGCAAGACGACGACGGCGGCUGUAGCGGCUGUCCCUCCACCCCCUUCCGAAAUCCCGACCACCUCGGUGGUGGCUUUUGAGCCUCCACAACAACCCUGCAGUAAAGCCCAGCUGCAAGACACGCUAAUACAACUCAUUAAGAAUGACGCGGCCUUCCUGGGAGCCAUUCAUGACGCUUACCUCCAGACUGUGUCCAAGGACUUCAGCGGCAUGAAGCUAUGAUCCUCCUCAGCGGGAGACGAGGACAUCCCUCUUACUAUUGCACCUCCCAAUUUAACUUCCUGAACUUUGCCGUCUUCAGGACUACUGCAGGAGAAAAGGAAAAUGAUGACACUUUUCUAAUGUGGCCUUUACUUUCGUAUUCUAUAUAUUCAAACUGAGCGCCACCUACAACGCACUCGCCCUUUGACCUUGAAGCUUAUUUUUAGACCCCUAUAAAAAUGACUCCUCCCUCAAAGAAAUGUACAGUGGAACCUCGGUUAGUACACCGAGGAAUGGAAUGGAUUCCACUAUAUAUUUUGUGUUAAGUACACAGACAUAGUUUUGUCUUGAUGUUUAAAUAUGUACAUAUGUUUUUCUGUACUAUGGUUAUUUGGGGAUGAGAUACAUACUUUAAAAAAUCAACUCAGUUUUUACCAUCGCCAUUCUAGAAGUAUAAACUAACACCUUGUUCAUGUCCAUGUUUGGAUUUUUUUUUUCAGUAAGUGUUACUGAAAACGGGGAAUUAAAUUUGUAAACAUUUGAUAAGGAACAAUGGUAAUAAUUGGCUUGUUUUAUUGUCACAUACAUCUUAAUGAAAGCCCAAUGCCAUGAAGAUUAUAACUAAAAAUGCAAAAAGGCAGCUUAUGAAUGUGUGUAUAUAUAUAUAUAUAUAUAUAUAUAUAUAUAUAUAUAUGUGUGUUUCAUUGUGGUAUGUAUGAUUAUGUCGACUGUGUGCAUUAAGCCACUUAACUUUUUUUUUUUUAACUAACAAAGUUCAUCUCACGGGGGUUCGAAUAACAACAUAUUUUUGUCCGUCUCUUCCUGGAGGAAUAAAAAAAGGGAAUUAGUUCAAGUUUUAAAUUCCAGCAAUGUAUUUAAUGUGUUUUAAUGUCUUUUUUUUGUUAAAGGCCACUUGUAUUAUUAUUGUGUUCAUCAUUCCAAAAGAAACAAAUAUUUUCCUAAUACUGAUGUUUUCAUGUGUAAAACUGCUUUAUCCUUGGUUUUUGUUUUGUUAUUAAAAGGAUUGGAAACAAAGAUGGUCACUCAUUAACAAGCACCAGCAGAACCAAUGUUGUAACAGUUAUAAAUCACACAUGUUCAUGCAAAUGGAAGGGUUAAAAAAAAUACCC